GAAAUAAACCCUCUUCCUGGAAAGUCCUGUAUCGCCGAACACUUUUGUCCAACUACGAGACAAGCUGAAUCGGGCAAGAUGACUGAAAGUGUACCGCAGCAGGCCGAGUGCCUCGCCGCAGCGGGACUCCAGAACCGAAUCCUUCUUCCCACUUCUCCAGAAUAUGCAUCCCGAAUCGAAGCAUACUGGAGCAAGAGCUCCCAGCUCAAACCGGCUUGCUUCAUAGAGCCAACCUCAGCCACCGAGGUCGCCGACGCACUGAAGGCCCUGGUUGCUGCAAAGCAAACCUUCGCCGUCCGCUCCGGGGGGUGCAACUUCUGGCCAAGCAACAACAUCGACCAUGGCGUCACCAUUGAUCUUGGUCAGUUGGCCUGGAUCAAGUACAACCCCGAUGACGAGACAGUGAGCAUUGGGCCAGGCGCGCGUUGGGGCCAGGUCUAUGAAUACCUCGCCAAAUACGACCGCGCAGUGGCAGGCGGCCGUGAAGCUAGAGUGGGCGUGGGCGGACUACUCCUCGGCGGCGGUAACACUCUCUUCACGGGGCGUCGCGGUUUUGCCUGCGACAAUGUGAUUGAGUACGAAGUCGUCCUGGCCAACGGAAGCAUCGUCAAAGCCACCGCCAGCGGCGAGUACAGCGAUCUUUUCAGGGCGCUCAAGGGCGGCGGCAAUAACUUUGGUAUUGUCACCUCCUACACCAUGCCCGCAAUCCCAUGCGCUUCCAUCUGGGGCGGGCUCGUCAUACUCCCCCCAGAUAUCAUGCCUGCGGCGGCCGACGCCUUUGUCGAUUUCACUAGCAACCUGGAAAAAGAUCCAGACAGUAACUUGAUCCUCAUGAUUGCUCAUCUCGAGCCCAAGCCGGGCACCGUGAUUGCCGGCUUGUACGCGAACGUGGCGGGUGUCGAGAAGCCGCCAAUCUUCGACAAGUUCCUCACGUUCCCCGAGUUGUUCAAGACAUACAAGAAGACAACCCUCGUUGAGUGUCUGAACGCAACGGCCCAAGGGACAGGCUAUCACGGCGUCUGGUUUGCCUCCUCUUUUGCCAACAACCCGGCCAUCCUCCGACGGGCCGCAGAACUACACCAGGAGCUGGCAGCUGAGUUUGAGGCGCACAUCACCGACCAGGACUUCCAGACCCAGUGCAUCUUCCAGCCGCUGCCGCGCGCCUUCGCGCAGAACUCGGUCAAGUUGGGAGGCAACAUGUUAGGGUUGGAACGUAACAAGGUCGACGGUGUGCUUUGGAGCGCACAUAUCAUGGUUCGGACAGCGGAGCAGGAGGCGUGGGCCUACCCGCGUGUGCGCGCUUAUGUUGAGAAGGUGCGCGCUUACGCCGCUGAGGUCGACGGGCUCCUCCCCUGGAUCACGGCCAACUACGCAAACCCGGAACAGCCGGUGCUGGAGAGCUACGGACCGGAAAAUGUUGCGCGGAUCCGGGAGGUGGCGAAGACGUAUGAUGCCGAUGGUGUUUUUCAGACCUUGUGCCCCGGGGGGUUCAAGAUUUCCAAAGUAGAGGGGUAG